CAGUCAGUCAGCCAGUGAGUCAGUCAGUCGGUCGGACAUCAGCUAGUGAAAUAGCCAGUCAGCAUCCAUCAUGGCUGUUAACAUCCCAGGAGUGAUAGCGAUGGUGUUUUUCUACCUGCUGGUCCUUGGGACCGGCAUCUGGGCUUCUUUCAAGUCCAAAAGUGAACAGAAGAAAAGUGCAGCCACUGGAACGGAGAUGGCCCUGCUGGGAAACCGGAGCAUUGGCUUGGUGGUGGGGAUCUUCACAACGACAGCUACGUUUGUCGGAGGAGGCUUCAUUGUUGGCACAGCUGAGAUGGUGUACACGCCUUCUAUGGGACUAACCUGGGUAAUGGUGAUGUUAAUGGCAUUCAGCUCAUCUUUUAUUAUUGUUGGCUUGGUGUUUGCAAAGCCAAUGAGAGAAAGAAGGUAUGUGACGAUGCUGGACCCUUUCCAUGCCAAGUAUGGAAAAGCACUAACAGCUGGACUCUGCUUGGUUUCACUUUCUCUUGAUGUGCUCUGGGUGCCCUUAAUACUCAUUGCUUUAGGAGGAACCAUGAGUGUGGUCUUGGAUUUGUCCUUCACUGCGUGCGUUUGGAUCUCUGCUGCUGUCGCCAUUACCUACACACUGCUGGGAGGUCUCUACUCUGUGGCCUACACAGAUAUUAUACAGCUUGUGCUCAUAUUCUUCAGCUUGUGGAUCUGUGUUCCCUUUGUUUUGAUGAACCCGUACUCCUUGGACAUUAGCCAGACACUGAUGAACAACACCUUACACGCUCCCUGGAUUGGUGCACCAGGGCUGGAAAAGACCUGGAUAAUGAUUGAUGAUUUCUUAUUCUUUGCACUAGGGAGUGUGGGAUGUCAGGGCUUCCACCAGAGGACUUUGUCGGCAUCUUCAACAUACACAGCCAAGGUCACUUGCUUUGUUGCGGCUGUCAUCUUCCCUGUAUUUGGGAUUCCUUCUAUACUGCUUGGGGCAGUCGCUGCAUCCACAGACUGGAACCUGACUUCCUAUGGUUCUCCAUCUCCAUAUGAACGAGGGGAAUCAGCUCUAGUUCUGCCCCUGACCCUGCAGCACCUCACCCCGUCCUUCAUCUCCAUCAUCGGUAUUGGAUGUGUGGCUGCCGCCGCGAUGUCAUCGGCUGACUCUGCUUUGCUUUCUGCAGCUUCUGUCUUCACCUCCAACAUAUACAAGAACAUCCUGAGGCCUCAGGCAUCAGACAGAGAGACUCAGUGGGUGAUCCGUGCUUCUGUCUUGGUAGUGGGCUUAGUUUCUACAUCACUGACCAACCUGGAAAACAGCAUCUUAUUGUUCUGGUUCAUUAGUGGUGAAGUGGCCUACGUCAUAAUCUUCCCUCAACUCGUCUGCGUCCUCUUCUUCAACAUCUCCAACGGUUACGGGGCUGUUAUGGGUUUCCUGGUGGGAACUGUGUUAAGACUGCUCAGUGGAGACCCAUUACUAGGGUUAACACCAGUCAUUCACUUCCCAGGAUGCACUCUUGAGGACGGUGUUUAUGUCCAGUACUCUCCAGUUAAGACCAUCUCCAUGCUGUCUGCCGUUGCUGCCAUCUUGUUUUUCUCCUACCUUGCUUCUGUGCUCUUCAACAAAGGCCUGCUUCCUGAGGAGUGGGAUGUGUUCAAAGUGAAAGCCCAGCACUCACCACAACCACUGACAGUAACAUAUGUUGCAACAGAACACGAAGAAGAAUUUGAGCAGAACACAGUCAGAUUUUGUAAGUGAAGUUGUAAGUGUUCCUGUGUGUAGCAGUAUCAGUUUUCUUGAAGCAUAAUACAGACUAGUAAAUACCAUAGACUGUAAAAAUAGAUGGACGACGCAUCUCCACUUCCUCCCACUGUACAAAAGUGAAGCCACAAUAUCCAGGAUACAGGUGCCACCAUUUUGAAAGUUGGGAAAUUUUGGAGUCUGUGCAGUGAUACGGCAGUGGAGAUGCGGUAUUAAAGUCCCGCCCAUACACCCGCUAAACCAAUCACGAGUCAAUCCCAGCUGUUAAUCAUGAGGUUUCACACUGUUUUUAUAGCAUCACAUAAC